CCACAAGUGAUGAUUGAUAUCGUUUUCAAAUAAAUUACCUGCUCAUAAUGGCGAUUAUAAGGCGAGUGCAUUGAAUGCAAAAAAAAAGUGAGUAACACCACCAUAUAUAUAUAUAUAUAUAAUAAAUUUGUCAAAUCAAUCAAAAUAUUUAUACAUCCGCAUGGCGUACUUGGCUUUCCAUUUUUUUUUUUUGCCACUGUUUGCUUUUGGAAGGCUGUUUGGUGGGAUCUUCUACCCCAAAUGUAUGGAGAUUUUGAAAAUUCGAGAAACCUUGCUCCACAGUCCACACCUUGUGGUAGUAAGUACGUGCGGAUUUCAAGUGAUGCUAUCAAUGUGGUAUGUCAAUUAGUGGAUAGUGAUAAUAAUGAUGUACUUUCGGGGCCCUCUUCCGCGAAGUGUCGUCACUCCUCUCUCUUAUGCUAUUCUGGUUUACCGAUUGUUUUGUUUAACUACUUUUAUUUGGUUUGGUUUUGAGUCCGCGAGGUGGGCGUAAUUGUUGCAGCUCCACUUGCGUUUAUCUGGUUAAUCCGCAAGGAUUGCUAUGAGAAAAAAAAACAGAAAAAAUUAGUUACGAGAUGAUAGUAUCAGAGAGGGAGUGAACGGUAAUUUACGGUGCAUACCACUCUCUGUAUAAAUAAAGGAAAGAGAGGAGACGAAGCUGUAGAAACGAAUUAGUUACUCUCCCCUCCAUCGGCAGAAAAAUCCGAAGAAUUAACGAUAUGGUGACGGUUUUCAGAAUCAGUGAUGGUUUAUUCUCCCUGCUCUCGUUGAAGCUACUCUUCUUGUUUUUUGUUGUUGUUGUUUGCCAUCCCGACCGCGGCUCCCCGUCGCCGUCGCCCUCGCUCGACGGUGGUGAUCAACACAAUAUUUCGACUGAUACGUCGGCGUUUAACCGUCGUAGCUUCCCGCCGGGAUUUCUCUUUGGGACCGCGUCGUCUGCUUAUCAAUAUGAAGGUGCGGCAGCUGAAGGUGGGAGAGGACCCAGCAUUUGGGAUACUUUCACUAAGAUUCCAGGUAAGAUUAGAGAUGGUAGCAGUGGGGACGUGGCGGAUGAUUCGUACCACCGUUACAAGGAGGAUGUUAAAAUCAUGAAGAGCAUGGGUUUAGAUGCCUACAGGUUUUCAAUAUCUUGGUCUCGAAUAUUACCUAAUGGAAAAGUGAGUGGUGGUGUGAAUCAAGAAGGAGUCACGUAUUACAACAACCUCAUCAACGAACUCCUGGCUAAUGACAUCAAACCUUUCGUAACCCUUUUCCAUUGGGACCUUCCUCAAGCUUUGGAAGAUGAAUACGAGGGCUUCCUCAGCCCUAAAAUAACGGGCGAUUUUGCUGCAUACACUGAUGUUUGCUUCAAACUUUUCGGAGAUCGAGUCAAGCAUUGGAUCACAUUGAACGAACCACUAACCUAUACCAAAGAUGGUUACGUGACGGGAGACUUCGCCCCGGGCCGUUGCUCGAAAUCGAUCAACCCUAAUUGCACGAAGGGUGACUCCUCAACAGAGCCAUACUUGGUAACACACUACCAGCUUCUUGCUCAUGCGGCUGCUGUGAAGGUGUACAGAGAGAAGUAUAAGGCAAACCAAAAGGGGGUGAUAGGGAUUACACUAGUGUCAUCUUGGUUUGUCCCCUUCUCUCCGUCCAAAGAUGACCUUGAGGCUCAACAACGCGCACUCGACUUCUCGUAUGGAUGGUUUAUUGACCCGUUGAUUAGAGGGGAGUACCCUCAAUCCAUGAGGACACUCGUAGGGAACCGAUUGCCCAAGUUCUCGAAGGAGGAAUCGAAGCUAGUGAAAGGCUCACUUGAUUUUCUUGGGUUGAACUAUUACACUUCUAGCUACGCAUCAGCCGACACAAAUCCAGUCAACUCUCUGAAGGCUACCUAUUUGACAGACUCCAGAGCCAAUAUCUCGAAUGAAAGGAAUGGGGAACCCAUUGGCCCCCAGGCGGCUUCCAAUUGGCUGUACAUUUACCCAAAUGGGAUAGAAGAGCUUGUAACGUACACGAAGGAGAAGUACAAUAACCCACUUAUUUACAUCACUGAAAACGGCGUGGAUGAGGCAAGUAAUGAGGAUUUAAGCUUGGAGCAAGCUCUUGCCGAUGAAACCAGGAUUAAUUACUAUCAACAACAUCUUGCUUCCCUCAACAAAGCAAUCAAGAAAGGAGCGGACGUUAAAGGAUAUUUUGCGUGGUCAUUGCUCGACAAUUUUGAAUGGGCUUCGGGAUACACGGUUCGAUUUGGAAUCAAUUAUGUGGAUUACAAGCUCGGGUUGAAAAGAUAUCCUAAACAUUCUGCUCAUUGGUUCAAAAAUUUUCUGAAAAAGGAAUAGGAUUAGUCUUAUACGCCCUAUAUUCAUUAUGCCGAUUAUGUAGAAAAAUAAAGCUAGCCAAUCAAACUCAUUGAAUAAGACUUUCCUAUGAUUGUACAUCAUGAUGAUUGGGAUGAACGAGAUUAUAUAAUUAUUUGUGUCACAAAAGAGUCGAAUGAUAUUGUACGCAAAAAUGUGUUCUCGUCACAAUAAUAGGGAUGACGAUCAUGCUCCCGAUGUGCUAAACAGAUAAAUUUCUCGACGGGCUUGUUAUUCACUCUUCAUGGAUUCUAGGCGCAACUUAUUGUAUAGUCGGCUCGUUAAGUUUACCAACUGAGUCUACACCCUUUUGGGCUCUUUAAAUUUGGGUAGCCCAAUAUCUCCAACAACCAUUUUGCAACCAGUCUCGAUUUUGGGCUCUUCUUUCUGGUAUGGAAGGGCCAGGCAUUGCUGUCCAUGAAUGAUAUCCCGCAAUAUAACAAGGAAUGACAAUGAUGCUUUCACAAUUUGAGAAAUUUUACAAUGCUUUAAAGUAUUGAUGUUUUAAUUUUUUUUUUUUAUCAUUAUGGUACAAUUUGAUGUUGUACUUUUAAUGUUAUGGUACAACUUCUGGUACAAUUUCAGGUUAUACCUAUAAUUUUUUGUAUAAAUUUUUUUAUGGUACAGACUAAAGUUGUACAUUUAUAUUAUGAUACAAUUUAAAGUUGUAUCAUAACAUAAAAAACCCAAAUCUCUUAUGGUUCAAAUUCAAUAUACAUUUAAUAUUUUUGUACAACUUAAAAUUAUAUUUUAAAACACCAAUACUUUGAAACAUAAUAGAAUUCUUUAUAAUUUACUCAAAUACUAUUUCUUCCCCUCGUUCUACCAUAUAUAUACGAAUACACCAUCAAUCGUUAAAUAAAAUAAACACCACAUGAAACACAGGCAUGAAUGUGAACCCAUUCGUCUCAAUCUGAUUCGUAAGUCAGAGACCCAUUUUUUAAUUAAUAUUAUGAUCUCAAUCAUUAUCUCCAAAUUUUCUAUUGUCUUCUCAAUUAUCAACCAAAACUUUAUUCUUUUCAAAGGCAAUUUAACUUUAUAACACAAGGUUGUUUGCAUUGUUAAAUAGAUGUAUUGUUGUGACUUGUGAGUACAUGUAUAAUAUUGUUAGAGAACAAUAUAAGAUUCAUAAUAACCUUCUCUCAAUAACCAAGUUAUUGGGACCAACUGGUUUAUGAUAUAGUAUCAAAGCUAGUUUGCCAAGUGGUCGCAUAUUCGAAUCUCCACGACUCUCAAUAUUAACAGUUCAUUACAACACAAGGUAUGUUGGGCCCGUGCAAACUUCAAACCCGUGGAUUGGGUUUCGUUAGAGGGGCGUGAUAGAGAAUAGUAUAAAAUCAACCUUCUCCUAAUAACUCAAGUUAUUGAGACCAACUGGUUUAUGACAAAUAUUAUAUAUAUAUAUAUAUAUAUAUGGCAAAGGCUAGCGUACGUCUGGCGUACGCUCUACGCCUGUGUUCACAUUUGGUUUUUGUACUUCAAUAUAUUUCGCUGAAUCACAACCAUCGAUUUUUUUUUUAUAGAUUAGAUGAAUCUUGUGGCUUGAGUUAGAGAAUUAGAGACUGGGGGUUCACCCAUUAGAGGUUAGGAUAUAGUAUCAUGCUCCAAACUCCGGUUAAUUCAUGUUAGUUAUACACCUUGACCCUUCCCUGAAGGGUCAGACAAGUUCAGGGACGGGUGAAGGAUUUUCAACCCUAUCUAACACGCCUCCUCAAACGAAAGUCAACCCAUGGGUUUGAAGUUUGCACAAGCUCAUCAUACUUUAAGUUUUUAAUCAACUGUUAAUAUUGGGGGUCGUGGAGAUUUGAACACACGACCACUUGGUCAAACCAAGUAUGAUAUCAUGUAAUAAACAAAUUGGUCCCAAUAACUUGAAUUAUUGAGUAAAAAUUAUUAUUAAUA